CAGGCCACUGCGCGGAGCCCGGAAACGGGAUGUGCUCCGGUAGAGGGAGCCGUAAGGAAGCGGAACUGAAAAUAAACGCUCAGUUUGUCACUAGUGAUGGCGGAUGUGGUGGAGGUAGACACCAUGAUGAAUUACCACGGGAGCUUCGACAAAAUAGACCCGGACAUGUGCAGAUAUCCCUACUGUAUCGUCUGGACGCCUAUCCCAGUGCUGUCGUGGCUGCUGCCCUUCAUCGGGCACAUGGGCAUCUGCACCUCCUCUGGAGUGAUCCGGGACUUCGCUGGGCCUUACUUCGUCUCCGAAGACAACAUGGCGUUUGGCCGACCGACGAAGUACUGGAAGCUGGAUAUUAGCAAGGUGUACGGCAGCGGCUCAAACGCCUGGGACACCGCUGUGCACGAUGCAUCCGAGGAGUACAAACACAGAAUGCACAAUCUGUGCUGUGAUAACUGCCACUCUCACGUUGCCAUGGCGCUGAACCUCAUGCGCUAUGACAACAGCACCUCCUGGAACAUGGUCAACCUCUGCCUGCUGUCCCUCAUCCACAGCAAGCACGUGAGUUGUGCAGGGUUCCUGAAGACCUGGUUGCCCUUUCUCCUUCUGACCGGAGUCAUCCUCACUGUCGCCCUCGCCAUCAACCUGCGGUGACGGAGAGGAAGAGUGACACGGCGGGCGAGCGAGGGAGGGAGGGAGGGAGGAGAGAUGUGCAGGGUGGUGCUGGGACCAGCAGAAAGCCAAUCCAGACACAGUAAAAACUCACAUUCGACCUUUGACCGUUGACCUUCGACCUUCUGCAGACUGAGCAGGGAAGCCUGCAGAGCUGCCUUGCUCUGAUUGGACAGCGGCUUCAUAGGGAUUCUGCUCAUGGUCUCCAUCCCUUUGAUCUUGAAGUUCUCUUGCUUUGUAUACACGCUUUUCUUUAUUUUACUGCUCAAAGUGAACCCCCCCCCGGGGGUGAAACACAUCCCCUGUCAGACAGAGGGACUCUUCUUCAUCGGGGGGGUGGUGGGGGGGGCAGGCCAUGCAUACGGGGUGAGCCCCAGUGUAGAUGGAGAUGGAGAUGAUGGAAUUUCACUCCAGGAAACACAUGGGCUUGUUCAUGGGCAAGGUUCACUUGUAUUUUCACUCUUGUUUGCCACGCUUCUCUCUUGUUGUUUGGAGGGAGGCAGUUUAUAUGACAGAUUCUAUUGUGAGGUGUAUUUGAGUGAUAUAUAUGAGCGAUAUAUUUGAGUGUAUUUCCGUACGGGCGUGCACGUGUGAGCUCAGGACUUGGCCCAGAUUCCCAGACAGCCGCGUGUGGCUUCAGCAGGGGCAGGAAUGCAGAGUCCCAGCGUUGUGUUGCUCUUCAUCCCCAAUGUUCAGUUUGGAAUGUGCAGCCUUUUGAAGGAGGAGCUAAACGCCUCCAUGGCAACUGCUUUGGCGUAAUGAAGCAACACCCUCUGCACACACACACGCACGCACGCACGCACGCAUGCACACACACACUCACACACACGCACGCACACACACGCACGCACACACACUCACACACACGCACGCACACACACACACUCUCUCACACACACGCACGCACGCACGCACGCACACACACACGCACACACACUCUCACACACACAGGACCUUUGGCCUCGUUUGCAACUUUACGCUGAGAGAUGAAUAGUUUUGGCAUAUCCAGGUACCUCUGCAGUAUGAUGCCCCAGCACCUACUUAAUACCCCUUUCUGUUAAAGAGACAAUUUAUAUCUGUGCUGUAUCCAUACAGAGCUGUGCUACAUCUGUUCAGAGCUGUGCUGUAUCUAUACAGAGCUGUGCUACAUCUGUUCAGAGCUGUGCUGUAUCUAUACAGAGCUGUGCUACAUCUGUUCAGAGCUGUGCUGUGUAUAUACAGAGCUGUGCUACAUCUGUACAAAGCUGUGCUGUAUCUAUACAGAGCUGUGCUACAUCUGUUAAGAGCUGUGCUGUGUAUAUACAGAGCUGUGCUACAUCUGUACAAAGCUGUGCUGUAUCUAUACAGAGCUGUGCUACAUCUGUUAAGAGCUGUGCUGUAUCUAUACAGAGCUGUGCUACAUCUGUUCAGAGCUGUGCUACAUCUGUUAAGAGCUGUGCUGUAUAUAUACAGAGCUGUUCUACAUCUGUUCUCCUGGCAGACUGUCACGGAAGCCUCUGGAAGGCAGCAGUGUAGAAAGUGCAGAGUCUUCACUUCGCACAGAAAACCAGCUGGGUGAUGCAUGGUGCAGCGGAAGGAAUCUGGCACCUCAAUUUGAUUCUGGAAUCAUUUAGCAGAAAAGGUGUGAUGUCACUGCAUUCAGAGAACAGGGGGCGGCCUGGGUUAGAAACGGUGCUCAUGUGCAGCACGUCUGUGUAAAAUCUCUCCCCACAGUGAAGCUGCCUUAACACGCUACUCAGAUAUAAUCCGCCUGACCAGAUUUCCAGUUGCUAUGACAGGUUAUAACAGCUGUUCUGUGAAUGGCAUGUGAAGGCCCUUUGGAGAAUGACUCCUGGUCGAGGCUGAGCCUCAUUGCAGUCCUGCAGUCACAUGCCCUUGACAACUUGCAUCACAGCCUGAAAUGCCGAUGCAUUUUCUCCUUUUUGUAAUUGUGCUAAAUGUGUUUUUGCCUUGGCAUUGAGUGCAUUAGUGCAGAGCUCCUCGUUAGCGCAGGGCCCCUCGUUAGCGCAGGGCUCCCCGUUAGCCCAGGGUUCUCGUUAGCGCAGGGCUCCCCGUUAGCGCAGGGCCCCUCGUUAGCCCAGGGCUCCCCGUUAGCCCAGGGUUCUCGUUAGCGCAGGGCUCCCCAUUAGCGCAGGGCUCCCCAUUAGCGCAGGGUUCUCGUUAGCACAGGGGUCCUUGUUAGCGCAGGGUUCUCGUUAGCGCAGGGCUCCUUGUUAGCCCAGGGUUCUCGUUAGCGCAGGGCUCCCCAUUAGCGCAGGGCUCCUUGUUAGCCCAGGGUCCUCGUUAGCGCAGGGGAUGCCAGCUGAACUGCUUUGCUUUUCCUGCAGUGGAGGGGUAAAUGAUGGAGUGAUGAACUGUAGCAGCGGAGGGGUAAAUGAUGGAGUGAUGAACUGUACCAGCGGAGGGGUAAAUGAUGGAGUGAUGACCUGCAGUGCGCUGGUGGGGGCUCUCUGCUCUGUGUGAAGCCUCUGACACUGAGCUGAAUUACCCUUAUUGUUGGGCAUCAAAGGCAAAUACCAACCUACCCCACCCCCACUGCCCCCAGCCCCCACCCCCACUGCCCCCAGCCCCCAGCAGCGUGAAGGACAUUGUUCUCUCGGUUCAGCCUAACCCCCCCCCCCACACACACACACACACUCACACGGUUCUCUAACGCUGGGGGGGGGUGACUCUCUCUGUGGCAAUAAGAGGCUUGCUGCUGUAGCUGGUAGCAGCGGGAGACCAUCUCUGUGGGGAAGGAGGCUCUGUGUGCGCAGGAACCCUCCCCAGCCUCAUUCUGCAGUUUCUGCUUCCACUGGGGCCACCCUCCGGAGCAAAGAUAGUGUAUUUUAGACAAGAUCAGUCAUUUAAAAUCAUACUGCUCUCAUACCUCCGAGUCUGUUUUCACCGUUAGGUUAGUGAUACUCAUUGUGCCUUGUCAGAAUGGAAUGUUUUUAUAUUUUGUAAAAUUUGCAUAUUCUUAGACUUCACAUGUAUGCUCAAGGGACAUUAUCACCCUUAUAUUAUUGCUGUACCACUGUUCGGCUUUUUCUGAACAAAAUCAUCAAGACACUAUGCCUAAAGGGUACUGAAUUACUAUUUUGUUUUCUUGCACUAGAGCUCAUACCCAGAAAUCUGCAUGUGUAAAUACUGUUUGGCUGGGAAUGUGGUACAGAUGUGUCUGUUUAGAGUGUGUUAAUUGAUCAUCAUUGAAAUUACUGUGCAACUGGAGGUCAACUUUGGGUGAAAUGAAUUUAAACACUAAAUAUUUCUAAUAUAUAAUUUCAUUUAAAAUGUACGAGUGAAAUGUAAAAAAGUGAAGCUAGAUCCCUCAAGCCAAAAUAUUUGAGUAUGUUUUUGGAAAUAAAUUCAUGUACCUUUUCUCUGAACAAGCAAGUACUUUUUCUUACAAACAUUAAACUAAUACAAUGCAGUGAAAUUCAAA